AUGGGCCAGCUCGGUGACCUGUCGCCUGAGGGGAGUAUUGCCGUCGGGGUUCUUGUCGGGUUGAUUUCCACCAGUCUCCAAGCGAUCGGACUCACCCUGCAGCGAAAGUCUCAUUUACUCGAAGACGAGAAAGCGCCGUACGAGCUACGAAGACCUCCUUAUAAGCGGCGAAGAUGGCAGAUGGGCAUGUUUAUGUUUGUCGUUGCGAAUAUCGUUGGGAGUACUAUUCAGAUCACAACACUACCGCUACCAGUUUUGUCGACUCUACAAUCGUCCGGACUGGUGUUUAACACGAUCUCCGCAACGCUCAUUCUCGGCGAACCGUUUACGAAGAACUCGUUCAUCGGGACAGUACUCGUGUGUACCGGAGCCGUGCUAAUAGCGACAUUUGGUGCUAUUGGGGAACCCGCGCAUAGCCUGGACCAGCUCCUGGAGCUACUCAAUCGACGCGCCUUCAUCGCAUGGAUGGUAGUCACUGGGCUGGUCGUGGCCCUCGUUCUCGCUGGAUCGCGCGUCAUCAAAACGCUUUCGUCUCCGAACCAUCACAAGUCUCGCUUCAUCAAACUACGCGGGGCUUUGAUAUCCCCGCCUCGCGCAAAGUUUUACCGUGGGUUGGCUUUCGCGUUUGCCAGUGGGGUGUUGUCGGCUCAUACGCUGUUGCUGGCCAAGUCAGCGGUUGAGCUUCUCGUACGGACGAUUGUCGACCAUGUCAACCAGUUUAACCGGUGGCAAUCCUGGCUCAUUCUGAUCGGGAUGAUCUGCCUGGCUUUGACACAACUGUAUUAUAUGCACCGAGGCUUGAAGCUUUGCAGCACUAGCGUUCUUUAUCCUUUUGUUUUCUGCGUAUACAACAUCAUCGCGAUUUUGGAUGGGUUGAUUUACUUUCGACAGGCGUCCCAGCUUGCUGGACUUCAGGCUGGGCUUAUUGCUCUUGGAACUAUUAUUCUUCUUGCCGGUGUCUUGUGCCUCUCGUGGAGGUUGGAAGACAUCGACAGCCAUGCAGGUGUUACCCUGCCAAACACCUCACAAACACCGAUGGGAUCUGGAAUGGGGCUCGUGGAGGAGUUCGCCGAGCCAUCAGACGUUGAAGAGCCAGAGGCCGAUGAACGACAGCCCCUUUUGCCAACGUCGAGGCAGGAUUUGCCUCAUAAACGGACGCCGAGUUUACCUCUGACAAGCUCGCCCUAUCGCCACCGCUCUCAGACUUUGAACAACAACGAAUCCGCUCAGAUCUGGGCCGAUCUCGACGACUCGGAAAACGAGCCAGCCUCUGUGAAUCGUCCGCCUGGGUUUCCGUACACUCGCAGGAGGACAAUGUCACUGUUGUCGCGUGGCCGCGGCCGCCGGUCAGAUGUCGGCAAUGCAUUCCUCGUCCACAAGAAUCGAGACAACGCUGCCCUAUCUCCGCAGGCGCGUCGACUACAGAACCAGUCUAACAGACGCGUCUCGGCUCCCCUAUUUGCAGGCGGUACUGCUGGCUGGAGCAAGUCGCCGAAACGACCUCUUCCCACCGACAGCGGUGCCGACGUCCCCGGAAAUUCACGAAAUUACGGUACCUUGAACACUGAACAACCGAGCGGGUGGCGGAAACCGUUGAAAAUGCUACAACGUUGGACAUCAAGAUCUAACCAUACUAAUAAUGAAGACCCUCCUGUGUGA